CUAGUGUGGCAUGGAUUGGUUUCCGACUCGAUCUCAGGAACAGUCGGUCGUUUCAGAAUUUCAAACUCGACCGCCAUGUCUUGUUCUCGGCCGCCCCCGCUCGCGCUCUCGAUCCUCCUCUCCCGCCUCCGCGCCUGCGGCUCCGCCCCGCACGCGCUGCAGUGCCACGCCCUGCUCCUCACCUCCGGCCACCUCGCCGCCUCCCCGCUCCGCCUCUCCAACCUCCUCCUCCUCGCGUUCGCGUCGGCCUCCGCGGCGGCCCACGCCGACGCCGUCUUCGCCCGCCUCCCGGGGGCCGCCUCCGGCCACGCCUUCCCCUGGAACACCCUCAUCCGCCUCCACGCCCCCGCGAGCCCCCGCAGGGCCCUCGCCUACUUCGCGCGCAUGCGCCGUGGCGCGGUGGACCCCGACGCCUACACCUUCCCCGCCGUGCUCAAGGCGUGCGGCUGCGCGCCCGGCUGCAGGGUCGGGCUGCUGGUGCACGCCGAGGCCGUGAGGAGGGGUCUGGAUCGCGACCUGUUCACGCGGAACGCGCUCGUCAGCUUCUACUGCAGGACCGGGGACUGCCGCUCCGGGCGGAGGGUGUUCGACGACGGCGCGCGGGACCUCGUUUCGUGGAACUCCAUGGUGGCGGGGUACGUCGGAUGCGGUGAGGUGGAGCUGGCGCAGGAGCUGUUCGACGAAAUGCCGCAUCGGGACGCCUUCUCCUGGGCCGCCAUGAUUGAUGCCUACGGGAAGCGGUCUGGAGGUGUGGACCGUGCGCGUGAGUUGUUUGAUCAAAUGCCUGAGAGGGAUCUGGUGUGCUGGAACUCGAUGAUCGAUGGCUAUGCUAGGCAGGGGAGGAUGGACGAGGCGAGGAUGCUAUUCGAUGAGAUGCCUGAGAGGAAUGUGAUCUCGUGGAGUAUUGUUGUUGACGGGUAUGUCAGGUGUGGGGAGCCUUCAGAGGCUUUGGAACUUUUCCGAAGGAUGCUGAGGUGCGGUAUCAGACCUGAUAGGGUCGCUGCAGUUGGGGCUGUCACAGCCUGCGCACAGCUGGGAGCUCUGGAGCAAGGCAGGUGGCUGCACUCUUACUUGGAGAAGAAGAAGAUUUUAUUCGAUAUUGUGGUGAAGACAGCUCUGAUAGAUAUGUACAUGAAAUGUGGGCGCUUGGAUCUCGCCGUGUUGAUCUUUGAAAGCACGCCUGACAAGACCGUGGUUACUUGGAAUGUGAUGAUUGUUGGACUUGGAACUCAUAGCUGCGGACUUGAUGCUGUCAAGCUUUUCUGCCAAAUGGAGUCUGAAGGAGCACCAAUGGAUGAUCUUAGUGUGCUUGCCGUGCUGACUGCAUGCACACAUGCUGGGUUGAUCUCAGAGGGUUUACAGAUAUUUCAUAGAAUGAAGAAGGAUUUUGGGAUAGAUCCCAAGGUUGAACAUUAUGGUGCAUUGGUUGAUCUCCUUGGCCGUGCUGGACAUUUGGAUCAGGCUAGGCAUGCCAUAGAGACAAUGCCCAUGGAACCAACUCCAGAAUUAUGGGGAUCUCUGCUUGCUGCCUGCCGAAGUCAUAGGUGCGUCGAAUUGGCUGAGCUGUCGGUUGAACGCCUAGCAAGUCUUGGAGCUGACGACUCUGGAGUCUAUGUUCUUCUGUCCAAUAUCUAUGCGGAUGAAGGAAUGUGGGAUGGUGUCUCGAGGAUUAGGAGACUGAUGAGUGCUGAAGGGAUGAAGAAGGACAUUGGAAGGAGUGUGAUUGAGGCAGAUGGGCAAAUACACGAGUUUGUGAAUGGCGGCAGUUCACAUCCUGAUAAGGAUGAAAUUUACAUGAUGCUGUGGAAUUUAUCUAACAUGGUAGCAUCUGCUUGAUUGCUCUGUUGCACCGAAAUUGUGUUGAAUCCCUUGGUGUGAUGCCUGUUAGUUGAUUGAACAUUCUCGGCAUGAAAUGCUACAUGCUGGAUGAAGCUCUUGAAAACUCAUUGUCCCAGGGCUUCUUUCUGAAGCUGCUUGUCAUGAAAAACAUUUGCAAAUGAAAACAAAGUGUUUGGUUGGAGCUGUGGCUUAUUUCCCAGAGGACUUUGGAGAUAUUAACAUGAUCGAAAAUUGCACCUGAGAUCUUGAGAUCCAUGGGGUGGUGGUCCAUUUUGCUUUCCUUGACUUACUUGCACGGAGGUAAUUAAUUUCAACCUUCAUAGUUCACUAUAUAAAACAUAUUUGUUGAAUGGACAAGCUCUAUUUGAGCUUGAUGUUUUUACCCCUUCUUUCAGCCAGUUUUAAUGGGUAAGAAACAGUUCGGGGCUACCAGUUGAUGAUCAUGGAGUUUUAAUAACGAUUUCAGGCUUGACCACAAGUUUGAUCUUAAUAAAAAGACUUUGAACCUCUGUUGAGUUGGUCUUUAACAUCCUCAGAAUGAAGAAAAGUGAAACUCAGGUUGAAGGCUGGCGUCAUCGAGAUAGUAUGCAGCAAGUCCAAUUGUCAAUGUCGCCAGCUAUUUUUGUCUACUUUCUACAUUAUUAUUUUAUGUUUGAAUGAAAAUAGAUGGAAAUUAAUCGUGUGAAAUAUAGUAGGAAUGACCAUCUAAGCAUAGAAGUGCAAAGAACAACCGUGUUCUCUUUAUGAAUUCUUUGGCUUCAUGUCGAAUUCAUUGUUUUCCACAUUACAAAGCUGUUCUGAAUAUCCAGUUUCCUGACCAGAGAUUCUCUUGGAUGGCCAUAGGCAAAUUUCAUAACCUUAGUGAUGUCAAAAUUGGCUGGCCAUUUUUUUUUUGAAUGCUGCCGAUCUAGAAGCAUGCUUUAGCAUAAAUUAGAAUAUAAAUAUAUAAUACCUGUAACUAUGCUGAUGAGUACUAUAGAGACAGGAAAGAGCUGCAGCCUUCAGGCCUUGAUUCGAAGGAGCUGCAACCCAUGUGUCAUCUAUGUUGGGUCGAAAGCAUGCAUCUCGUGUUAUACAAAACAAAACAGCUCGAGAUGGAUCCUACUGCUUACUUCCAUGUGAAUAUUUUUGCAGGACCACUUCAUAGGAGACCUCUUCUUGUUUUCUUAAGAAAAAUGCUGACCUGCUUCUACCGCUAGAGAGUAGCACUAGGGCCACUGCGCGGCAGCUUUUUAUUCCUCUCACCAUACAAACCCUCUUCUGUAAUGUCACUCUCAGGAUACAACUGGAUUGAUCUUCUUUUUUCUCAUUGUCUUUUUAGGAGAUCUACAUGCUGGUCCUGAAGCCAUUUGAAGCUACAGUAGGAGCAAAUGUACAGGUGGUUGUUUUGUUACAUGGAAAGAGGGAUGGCACAAAACCCACGAGAGCUGAAGAUGCCCAGGGUAGAGAAGAUACUGUCAACUUCUGGUGGAACAUACGAACGUUUACAGCAUUUAUACACUGCACAGUUGGAGACCGUGUAGAAGAUCCAGUCUGAAGUUCUAAGCCUAUUCAAGCAGAAGACCACAUCGAGGAGUAAGGAGGCAAGUUGGCUACUGUAUCCUCUUCCUAUCAGUCCGCUUACCAAAAACUCCAUGGGCAGAGGCAGGCCAUGGAGGGAAGGGAAGAUGGGCCAAUUAUUUGCGCCAAUCAUAUGCAACAUCGAAACGGCGGACACAGUGCGCAAAAUCUAUGUGGGAAUAGUAGUAAACCUAAUAAUCAGCGAAAGAACAUGCUUCAAGGAAAACCCUGAGGGAGAAGAGGAAACUUAUGUUCAGUUAAAGGACAUGCUUCAAGGAACUAACUACCUAGGAUGCCUGGGGUAGUGAUGACGGUGAAAGCCAAGGGGAAGCACAGAUUUAUGGCGUAUCAUCUCUGAACAUGCAGAGGUGUAUGUCUGUAUGCCAGAGGACCGAGAGGAGGGUGUGGGAACUGGAAAAGCAGCUCGGGUGAAGAUGCUUGGAUUCUGCAUUUCGGAGAGAGCAGCGUGGCGGAGGUGCUUGGAUUUCUGCGUUUCUCCCAGCCUAGCUCUUGUUUUCUUCUCUCGCUCUCCUUCAGCACGGCGGCGUGGGCUUGCCACUGGAUUCUGGGACAAGCAUCCAGAGCCGUACCACGCGCAGUCUGGCGGCCUCUUGCAGCCGCAGAGAGCAAUUCUCGGAAGCUCGGGAUCUGCGGCGCGUUGGUCAUAUUGCUUGUGUGCUUCUUCCUUGAGGAAGAUGCACUGACUGGCCGUGGACAUGGGCAGUGCUCAGCGGUGGUUGCUUUCAGUACCAGAGCGGCUACCACCACCGGGAGAGGCCAAUGCUGGCGGUCACGAGACGCCAACUGGGUCAAGAUUUUGGUCCAGUCUGAAAAAUAGCCAAGUGGGUACUGUUUGUCCAAGGGGGGUCUGCAUUCCACCCUGUCGUGCUGAGGGGGACUUCUUGUUUUCAGCCCCACGGAUCACAAGGAUAUGGCGUACUGCACUCCCGACUAGACGACAUUCACAAAAUCCAUAUUUUGCCAUCACAAGGUACAUCCAUCCACCAAGGUGUCGGGAUACCAGAAUUCAAACCCAUGUGUACUCGGUAGAGUGUUACACUUUUUAGGCACCUACAACUCAACUGCCCCACAAAUAGGCACAAACACAAUUUGCUAAUAGUAUGUCCUAUACAUUGAUACGACUUUUCUAUUAUUCAACUGUAGUUAUUUCUGAGUCGAUCUAGGUAUAAUCACUCUGACAUGGGGCAGAAAUUAUACUAUUGGAUCUGAACCAGUGGCAAGCUUUAUCAUGGGGCUGCAAAGGUUUGUGAUCUUCUUGAUUGAUACAGCAUCAGAUGCGCGGGUUGGGAUCCUCUGCAGUUAUCAGUGCAGUGCUGCAGAUGACACGUGGGGUCGGCUCCACACAACUUUGACUGUAACUGCAGUGUUGUUACAACAAAGAUCUGCACCCCAACGCACAUACACAACUUGAAGAACUUUUGCUAGUUCCUAGUUUCCUAAAGUUUUCAUUAUUUUGAAGUCCCAAUCAUCUCAAAUUGCAAGAUUUCACUCUUAGAAGGUGUG